AUGGCCGACGAGUCUCUAACGCAGGAGCUUCUGGACAUCCUCCAGCAAGGUACUCAUUCGCAACAAGUCAAAAAGGGUGCAAACGAAGCCACCAAAGCUCUCAAUCACGGUGUGUCCGAGUUGAUUAUCAUAGCCGGUGAUGCCUCUCCCCUUGCCAUCGUGAUGCACCUCCCCCUCAUUUGCGAAGAUAAGAACAUCCCAUAUGUCUUCGUUCUGAGUAAGAUCGCUUUCGGGCGUGCAUGUGGUGUGAACCGACCCAUUAUCGCUGCCAGCAUCAAUACCAACGAGGCUAGUGAUCUGGCUGGCCAAAUUCAGCAGCUUAAGCUCAAGGUAGACAGACUUAUGAUCUAG